AUGCCUACUGAGGAUAGCCAGGGGACUCAGCACCAUAUCCCCCAUGGGGGUACCUCCCAGAGGAGACCUUCAGCAGAUGCCAAUCUCCCGGCAGAACUGGAGAGCCUCCGCGCCAGUGUCACUAGGAUGUCUGAGAAAUAUGACCAUCUUCAUGCUAAGAACGUCGAGCUCGAGCAUGACUACCGCACAUUGAAGCGUAACUGGGAGAUGAAUCAAACCCAAGGCUCCCAACGCAGCCCUACCCAGGUACCUGAGCGUACACAGCCAAACCAGCCGGAGCACCCUUUCACCUUCCCUUCUCCUUGGAACUCAACCUGUUACCCAAGAACCCAGCUCCUCGCAAGGAACCUUCAAAGUCUGAACCCGUGGAACGGUGGGAGCUGA